AUGACUUCAAUUCAUUUCCACAUACCACUUUCUUUCGCCGUUGCUGUGAGCACUCGGGUUUCUAAUGAACUUGGAGCAGGGAAUCCAAAGGCUGCAAAACUAGCUGUUUCCUUGGUACUAAUGGAAGCCAUAACAGAGUUUGUUCUGGCAAGCCUGACAUUGUUCCUGUUCCGUUCUAGACUUGGGCAUGCCUUCAGUGACGAUAAACAAGUUGUUCACUAUAUUAAGAAGAUGCCUCCACUCCUAUGCAUUUCCAUAAUCAUGGAUGGCACCCAAAACGGGUUUCUACUUUCUAGAGGGGCUGGAUGGCAGCGGUUAGGUGCGUAUGUUAAUCUUGGGGUUUAUUAUCUGGUGGGAAUUCCAGUGUCAUUAGUACUGGGAUUCGCGUUGCGUUUACGAGGAAGGGGAUUAUGGGGUGGGCUGAUUUCAGGAGCUGUAGUGCAAACCAUUGUCUUCUUAACAAUCACUGCUUUAACAAACUGGCAGAAAAAGGCAACUGAAGCAAGAAAGAUAAUUUUUGAAAGGGAAGAAAAAUCUGACUCAUGA